AUGUACCAGCAUUUUCCUGGGGAUAACUUCACUGCGCCGUGGCUGCAGCAGAGCGCAUUCCCCGACAGGGACCCAGCUCAUCUAGCGGGAGCAGUGGAGGGAUACAAGUGGCUUGUUGGGGUGAAUAUGACCAAUACCCAGGGGUUGUUUGUAGAUGGCUACCACAUCGACAGCCGCAAAGCGAACAACAGGGAAUGUGAUCUGAGGGAUGAGAUGGUAUACACUUACAACCAAGGUGUGAUACUCACGGGUCUGCGAGGACUCUGGUCGGUCACUGGAGCCCCGUCAUAUCUCACCGAUGGGCACAGGCUCGUCCAGGCAGUCAUCAACGCUACCGGAUGGGAUUUUGCUCGAAGUCAACCAGUGGACCAGUUUCGUUCUGGUUCCCUACCGCCGUGGCGUGGCAUUGGCCGGGCGGGCAUUCUUGAAGAGAGAUGUGACGCCUCGGGUACUUGCUCUCAGGAUUCUCAGACGUUCAAGGCCAUCUUCUUCCACCAUCUCACGGCUUUCUGCAAGCCGAUCGAGACGUCCAAUGCCUACAGCGCAGACCGGAGCCUCACCGCAGCCCUGCAUAAGGAUGCGUGCGCUGAAUAUGUCGCCUGGACCAGGCACAACGCCGCGGCUGCCCUAGGCACUCGCGUCGAUGGCGAGUUCGGUAUGUGGUGGGGACCAGGGUUGUUUGGUAAUGUCGUGGCCAACAAGAACAGCGACGGCAUUGACCACGACGCUGCGAAUACGACGGACUACAGAGACGAAGGCACGCCUGUAGAUCGCAUAUGGGGAUGGGAGCCAUGGUCUCCUGGAUCCGAAGGCGUCCCCCGGCGUCAGGGCGCGGCGACGAUCCAAGAAAACACAAACGUGGGAGAAAAAGUGCUGAGCCGCAUCCGCAUUCGCACCCUUGCUGGGCGACCAUCCAAAGAAGGAAAUGAUCCCAACGCUCGGGGUCGUGGUCGGACUAUCGAGACGCAAAUGGGCGGGUUAGCCGUGCUGCGAGCGUACUGGGUACUAUCGCGCUCGUCUGAACCCAACAAAUGA